AUGUGGCCAUCUGUUAUAGAGGUUCUUCAAAAUUUGAUUGAUGAUGGUGAUCGUUCUUCUAAGGGUUUAAGUAGAACUUUGGUUGAAAGAAUGGAGAGGUAUGAAUUUGUGUUUAUUCUACUAUUGAUGAAACGUAUAUUGGCAAUCACAAAUCAUUUGUCAACCGUUCUACAAGAGAAAGAUCAAAAUAUUGUGAAUGCGAUGCGUUUGAUCAAUAAUGUGAAAUGCAAAUUGCAAAAGUUGAGAGAUUCUAGAUGGGAUAUUUUACUUGAGGAUGUGAAGAAGUUUUGUAACACUCAUUCCAUUGAAAUAAUUAAUAUGACAGAUAACAUCAACAACCGUAGUCGUUUGAAGAGAGAUGGAAAAAAUGUUAUCGAUAUUAUUCUACAGGAGAUGGAUAGUCGUUUCUCUGAAACAACUACAGAUUUGUUGAUUUAUAUGUCAUGUCUUGAUCCUAGAAACUCGUUCUCUAGAUUUGAUGUACAGAAGUUAGUGCGCCUGACUCAUUUUUAUGAGGAUGAUUUUUCUUGGAAUGAGCGUAUGUUGGUUGAACAAGAGCUUGAAACAUAUAUUGAUGACGUCAGAUCGGAUGAACGGUUUGAAGGCAUUUCAGAUUUGGGAGCUCUUGCAAAGAAAAUGAUUGAAACAAUGAAGAACCGUGUGUUUCCUUUGGUUUAUCGGAUGAUUGAGCUAGCCUUACUUCUUCCAGUUGCUACUGCAACUGUUGAAAGAGUGUUUUCGGCAAUGAAUAUUGUCAAAACAGAUUUGCGAAAUAGGAUUGGAGAUGAAUGGAUGAAUGAUAGUUUGGUAGUAUAUAUCGAGAAAGAUGUUUUUAAUACUGUCGACAAUGAGCCAAUUUUACAGCGUUUUCAGAACAUGGAGUCUCGAAGAAUGCAAUUGUCACGUAUUCGUUAG